AUGGAGUUUGGUCUCAAUGUCUUCCAAGUCAUCCAAAAUGAGCUUCUCUCGCGCGAGGGAAAUCGCUCCACCUUAGGCCUCGGUUUUCGUUUGGCCAUCAUCGAAGAGAGAAUCAAAAACCACGAAGCAAAGACGAAAAACUCUCAUAUAUGGAGACCUUAUCAUGCCAUCGCCCCCAUUUCCGCCCUCACACCCGAGGCAAAGGCCAUCGUUGACGGACAGAAAAAGCGUCUCCUUGCGAGAAGAGGGGCCAACCCCACGAAAGACGAUAAAGAUCCUACCAAGCAUAUGCGAGAUGAGGAAUUAUGGGAAGUUCACCCUGACUUUCCCAGAACGGUGCUGGAAUUUAAGGAGUUGCAGUUCCAUCGCAAGUUUGUCUCAUUCUUUGCGGACUGGGUACGGAACUUACUUGAAUUCUAUAAUGUCAGGGUCUACAGACCAGAUAUGAGACCCGUCAUCACCGACCAUGCUGAUCACCUGGUCGAUAUUAAACAUAAUCUCGAGACCUGUCUUGAGGAGUUGGCUGCUACGUGGGGACUUAAUUGGUUUCGAAUCGGCGGACUGGCGUUGUCUGGUCAGCCAAACCCUUUCGCGGGUCUGUGA